AGAUCGUUGCGUUGGUUGCGUGGCAUGUCUGUGAAGCAGCUCAAUGGGUGCAACAAAUUGUUGCACUCCCUGCGCGAUGACAUUGAACAGCGCUCAACGUACCGGGUACGUGAAUGCCUCACCCUGUUGGGUAUUACGCCCAUGUUAACAUCGAAGCAGAUCAAGUGCAUAUUGGAGCUUAGUCAGGAUAAUGAUUUGGCAUUUUUGUGGUUCAUUUGGGAGGCGUUCUAUAAGACGCCGCACGAUUGUGAUGCCGAAACUGAUCAGUAUUCGAUCAAUGAACAGUUGAUCUUGUCUGCAAUAGCUCAUCUGGAUAUGACAACGACAAUGCGUGCCUUGGAUCAAAUACUUCCCACUGCGGAGCGUUCCAAAAAAUAUCAGGAAAUGAAACGUGCUGAGAGGUUGAAAAGAGAAGAGAAAAUUAGAAAAUUGCACGAAGAAAGACGUCCAAAUCUACCGUUUAUAAUCGAUAAUAGUUUGCCCUAUAGACAACGUUAUCAGCAGCUAAAAGAAGCUAGAAAAUUGGGAAAAAAUCGUGAAAAUGUUCACAAAAAAGGUGAUAAAAUUUUGCCCUAUUUGAUGCCACAAUUGCGACCCAAGUUGUUUGAGCCCAUGUCGAUGACUUCAACGCCAAGUGAUCGUAAAGUGGUUUUUCCAAAUUAUGAAAGAUAUAAGGAUAAACAUUAUCGCAUUCCCAAUGAAAGUACACGUUGGUUUACCACCUUUGAAUUGUCGCCGGUUAAGCGGGAAAUCAAGAAAUGUCUGUCGGACGCACUUGCUCCACUUUUUGGAGACAAUCGCAAGCCCUUAGAGAAGUCCGUUUGCAAUGUUCAUCGCAUGCUGGAAUUAUCGGCAGCUAAGAAGGAACAACAAUUGACCCUCGAGACGAUGGAGCGUUGCAUGAGAUUGCUCCAUGGCCAAAAGGAAGAGAGAAGACGCCGUCAGAUCAUAAGACAGCUGGAGGAGGACGUGGAAUGUGCCGCCGAGAAGCUGCGACGGGAUGCACAACGUCAGCUGACGAAGGUGCAGCAGUUGAUCGGUGGCACCUGCAACGUCCACACAGGUUGCCAAAUGUGUGGCAAGCUCGCGACAUCGCCAGGAUUCAAGGAUCAGAGUGAGAGGAAGGCAGAUCUGUCGUUUCUUCUGAACGUAGAUUUUACACUCAGUCAUCCAAUUCCUGAGGACGCCGAAGAGGAUUCCCCGGUUAAAGUCUAUCAACUGGGAGAACAACGGCUAAUGAAAUUUAUAACUCCCGAGGAGGUCAACUUAAAGAACACUGUGGGUGCGAAUGCUCACUGCUCUGGCAAUGCAAAGAAGCAGAAGAGUCCCCACCGCUGUCCUCCCACCGAAGGGGUUAUCAAGGUGCUGAACGACAGGGGGGAAGUUGUGAAAAAGGUGAUGCCGCAUGAAAUACCCUUCUGCCCGCCAGCUCGUCAGUCUUCCGAUGCUUCGGUUGACAAGUUUUGCUCCAGGAAAACUAUGAAAAGUGGAGUUCUUCAAUGGGAUUACUUCAAGAUAUAUAAGGCUCCAUCGCAGACACAGUCGGAGGGACGAUUUCGCGAUACUCGACCAAUUGUUAGAAGCUAUUGCAUUACAGCCCUCAAUCAGGCGAUAAGAAGAUCAUCUGGGGGAGGAGCAGGGGAUCAGAAGGAGCAAAGGGAACAGACUGAACGUAUAAUUAGGAAUAUAAAAUCAGAUUCCGCUUUGGAAGCAGCCGACAAGUCGGCCAAACAAAUUUUCAGAGAAUCCGUCAAGAGUAAAAGCUUAAUCGGCGAACUGAGAAAAAGUACGAUGCCUAGAAAAGAUGUUAUAUGUGAUUUGGUUUCAGCUGAAGGAUUCAAAUGUAUAGAGUCCAUAGAUCCCGAUGAUACAGCGAUGCUGAUCAAGUUACUAAAGGUUGCUGUGGAUAUCAUGCGACGUGAUCCACAAUAUGUGCUGGUAACUCUACCCAAUGCUCACAUGAUGCCUAUUUUAGUGAAUUGGGUUGCCGAACGGUAUGGUAAGACCUAUAACUAUCAUCAGAUGAGAAAUAUGGCCAAAAGCGCGAGGCAUGUCUAUGAUCGUCUCAAUCGAUUGGAUACCAUCAUUCAGCAUGUUCCAUCUCCGAAGAAGAAAUACAUUCAUAACUUCAGCUGCAUGGAAUCCUAUGAUAAAUACCAUGAAUAUGUCUGCAAGAUCGGCCAAACGCAGGACGAAUAUCACAGGAGACUCAAUAAAAUGGCCUUGGAUGAGUCACGAAUUAUCUGGUUAGCUAUGCAUGGAUACUCCAAUCUUGGAGGCUCUAUUACGGAUACCUACUUUGCCUAUUUGCCAGCUAAGGAAUUGGACUUUAUUCGACAUGAUCUCUGGAAUUCCCGAGACUUCCGCGACAUGACAUCCAUUCGGAGAAAGGUACGCGAAAAGGCCUCUUGGAAAUAACUGCCAGCGAUCUGUACUUGCAAUGUCGAAUGCAUCAAUGAAUAAUGAAUCUAUUCAAUAAUGCACUCAUCACUGCAAGCACAGAUUUUAUCAAAGAUUAUCCAUUGACAGUAUCCAUGCAAAGUGUGCUUUAAUUUGAGUAAAUUAAUCAAAUCUAAUACAUAAAAAUUUUAAAACACCA